AUGCCAAUAAGACGCACGCACAAGAAGUCACGGAAUGGAUGCGACCAAUGCCGAAGGCGCCGUGUCAAGUGCGGCGAGCAGUUCCCUCAAUGUUCUACAUGCACUUAUCGCAAGGAAUCGUGUUCGUACACCCGCCGGCUGUCGAUGCCGCCCAAAUCAACCGAACAAAGCGCUGCGGCAUCUCACAUGCCUACUCCUGACCAUGCGACGGGCUAUGGGCCAAACCAAAACACAAGCCUAACUUUUCUCCUGCCUCUGCCGCAUGCGGAUAGCAAAAUAGCAAGUUUGUGGUGUCCGAACGAGUCGACGAGAUCUCAAGAAUUGAGGCUUAUGUACCACUGGGGAAAAAGCACUUGCGACACUUUCACCAAAGAGAUAGGCAACGCUCUUCAACAACACAUUAUUGAGCAAGCUUUCCGGCAUGAAUUCCUCAUGGAUACGAUUUUUUCGCUCACGUCGCUGCAUCUGGCAGUUGUGGAAGACAAGCGCGAGUCUGCCGAGGAAUUAGUACGUGUCGCCAUGUUCUACCAGGACAACGCCAUUGCCAGACUCCGAAGCGCCAUCAAUGAUCUCUCCCCAGAAAACUGCGAUGCUAUUUUCAUCACUUCUAUCAUGAUUAUGGUGUGCACCAUAGUGUCCGCACUGUUGCAAGAUCACGGCAAUGGCUCAGCCCUAUCCACUGUAAAGGCAAUGCUCCAGCUAACAGACCUGCUGCACGGUAUCAAAUCUGUGCUCAGUGUGAGCCGGGAGUGGAUUGUCAAGACUCCAGUAGCAUGCAUACUAAGAUCAGGAGUUGCGCUCAACUCGAAAUCGCUGCAACUACCUCUGGAGGACUUACGACACGCGAAUGCAACUCAAAGCAAAGGGGAGCGAUGUCUCAUGUAUGCGCAUACAAUAGAUGUGCUCGAAAGUUCCCUUCGUGAACCAAGGUCGGCUCUUUCCUGGAUCAUCACAGUCCACCCUGACUUUCUGAGCGCCCUGCGAGAAGAAGAUCCACUGGCCCUGGCUAUAUUCAUGCUAUGGGGUGUCCUCCUGCAUCACCUCGGUGACAUGUGGUGGGCUCAAUUUUCAGGAACGCGGCUUGUUGAUGCAACUUCAUGCAUGCUUGACGGAAAGCUGACCAGAUGGAGUUCCAUCACGAGUUGGGCGCGAUUGCAAGUGGGUCUGAGGAGGUGA